GUAAAGUUUCUGCACAGGAUCCAUUUUGAUCUGGCGUAGAAGUAUAAUAUAUUUUUUUCAAUAUUUGAACUGAAAAAGAGAAGACAAAUUGUUUCAUAAGGAUUCAUCAAAGAACAAAGCAGAGAGACUGAUCACUUGGAGUAAGUCAUUAUCAGUGUUAAGGUCUAAUCAGAUAGAGAGAGAAGAGGGGAAUGCCUCUAAAAUGAGUCUUACUGGGGAAAGGGAGGUUGGGGGCUCUGCCUCUAAAAUCAGAAUUUUUGGUGAACAUGACACCACAGCUAAGAGGGACCAUUUAAAGAGACCAGCAUCUCCUGUUCCCAGCUGUGUGUCCAUGAAGAGUGACCAGUCUAUGAAUCAUCUUAUAGAGUUCAGAGAAGGAGACUUCUCUACCGAUCAAAGAGACCAACAGGAGAGAUCAGAGUCUGAGAUUCUCAGUGGUCAAUCUGUCCAGAGUCAUCAAACAGACCUGUCCUUUAUAUUCAGUUUACUUGAACAGAAUAUCAUGAUAUUUGUGAAGAAAGAGUUAAAGAGGUUUAAGACAAUGCUGAGUUCAGAUCUCCCAGAAGGAUUUAAGAGUCAGAGGGAGGAUGAGGAAGGUGUGGACCCUGAAGAUGAGAAGCAGGAGAGCAGUGCCAAAGAGGGGGUUCUGAAGAUCACACUGCAUGUCCUGAGGAACAUGAACCAGAAGGAUCUUGCUGACUCACUGGAGAAAAAUGAGCGUGCUGUGAUUUACCAACAUGAUCUCAAAUCCAACCUGAAGAAGAAGUGUCAGUGCUUAUUUGAGGGUAUCGCUAAACAAGGGAACCCAACACUUCUCAAUAAGAUCUACACAGAGCUCUACAUCACAGAGGGUGGACGUGGAGGAGUCAAUAAUGAACAUGAGGUGAGACAGAUUGAGACAACAACCAGGAAACAAACAAGACCAGAGACAGCAAUCAAAUGUAAUGACAUCUUCAAACCCACACCUGGACAAGACAAACCUAUCAGAAUUGUGCUGACAAAGGGUGUUGCUGGAAUUGGAAAAACUGUCUCUGUGCAGAAGUUCAUUUUGGACUGGGCUGAAGGAAAAGCCAAUCAGGAUGUCCAAUUUGUAUUUCCCCUCCCUUUUAGGGAGUUGAAUUUAAUGAAAGGGGAUAAUCUCAGUUUGAUUCAACUCAUCAAUCAUUUCUCAGUUGAAACCAAUAAAGCAAUAAUCUCUAACUACAACAAAUACAAAGUUGUGUUCAUCUUUGAUGGUCUGGAUGAGUGCCGACUGCCCCUUGACUUCAAGAACAACAAGAGAUGUUGUGAUGUCACAGAGUCAACCUCAGUGGAUGUGCUGCUGACAAACAUCAUCAAGGGAAAUCUGCUUCCCUCUGCUCUCCUCUGGAUAACUACCAGACCUGCAGCAGCCAAUCAGAUCCCUUCAGGGUGUGUUGACCUGGUGACAGAGGUGAGAGGGUUCAAUGACCCACAGAAAGAGGAGUACUUCAGGAAGAGAUUCAGUGAUGAGGAUCUGGCCAGCAGAAUCAUCUCACACAUAAAGACAUCAAGGAGCCUCCACAUCAUGUGUCACAUACCAGUCUUCUGUUGGAUCGUUGCUACAAUCCUUGAGCACAUGUUGACUACAGAUGAUAAAGUAGAGCUGCCCAAGACCCUAACAGACAUGUACUCACACUUCCUUGUGUUUCAGUCCACACACAGGAAUGUAAAGUAUGAUGGGAAAAAAGAGACAGAUGCACACUGGAGUAAGGAAAGCAUUCUGAAACUGGGGAAACUGGCUUUUCAACAGCUACAUAAAGACAAUCUGAUUUUCUAUGAAGAAGACCUGAAAGAGUGUGGCAUUGAUAUCAAUGAAGCAUCAGUGUACUCAGGAGUCUGUACACAGAUCUUUAAAGAGGAAUGUGGGCUGAACCAGGACAAGGUGUUCUGCUUUGUCCAUCUGAGUAUUCAGGAGUUUCUAGCUGCUGUCUAUGUGUUUCUAACAUUCAAAAACGGCAAUAAGAAUCUAUUGGAUGAACAAAAAUCAACCUUCAUAACACGUCUACUCUGGACAAUACCUGAAAUUGAUUUUCACAAGACUGCUGUGGAUGAAGCCUUCCAGAGUAAGACUGGACACCUGGACCUUUUCCUCCGCUUCCUUCUGGGUCUCUCACUGGAGUCAAAUCAGAAGCAUUUACAAGGUCUACUGACAAAGAUCAGAAGCAGCUCACAGAGCCAUGAUGAAACAGUCAAGUACAUCAAGAAGAAGAUCAGGGAGAAUCCCUCUUCAGAGAGGUGCAUCAAUCUGUUCCACUGUCUGAAUGAACUGAAUGACCAUUCUCUAGUGGAGGAGAUCCAAAGAUACCUGAGUUCAGGACGUCUCUCCAGAGAAGAACUGUCACCUGCACAGUGGUCAGCUCUGGUCUAUGUGUUACUGACUUCAGAAGAGGAGAUUGAUGUGUUUGACCUGAAGAAAUACUCCAGAUCUGAGAAAGGUCUUCUGGGGUUGUUGCCAGUGAUCAAAACCUGCAGAACUGCUCUAAUGUCAGGUUGUAGAAUCACUGAGGAAGGCUGUGCUUCUCUGGUCUCAGCUCUUAAGUCAAACCCCUCACACCUGAGAGGACUGGAUCUGAGUAACAAUGACCUGAAGGAUAUGGGAGUGGAGAAGCUCUCUGCUCUGCUGAAGGACCCACAAUGUAGACUGGAGACUCUGAGGCUGUCAGGCUGUCUUGUCACAAAGGAAGGCUGUGCUUCUCUGGUCUCAGCUCUGAAGUCAAACCCCUCACAUCUGAAAGAACUGGAUCUGAGCUACAAUCACCCAGGAGACUUGGGAGUCACACUGCUCUCUGCUGGACUGGAGGAUCCACACUGGAGACUGGAGAAACUCAAUAUGGAUCAUGGUGGAGAGUGGAGGUUGAAAUCAGGACUGAAGAAAUAUGUCUGUAAUCUCUCACUGGACCCAAACACAGUAAACAGAAACCUCUCUCUGUCUGAGGAGAACAGAAAGAUGACAUGGAGGAGAGAGAAGCAGCCGUAUCCUGAUCACCCAGAGAGAUUUGAAGGCUUGCCACAGGUGUUGUGUAGAGAGGGUCUGUCUGGACGCUGUUACUGGGAGGUAGAGUGGAGUGGGGGAGGGGUUAGGAUAGGAGUGACUUAUAAAGGAAUCAACAGGAGAGGAUGGGGUGAUGACUGUUGGUUUGGAUACAAUGACAAGUCCUGGAUUCUGGUCUGUUAUGAUGAACGUUACUCUCUCCGGCACAAUAAGAAGACAACUGACAUACCUGUCACCUCCUCAGACUCCCACAGAGUAGGAGUGUAUCUGGACUGGCCAGCCGGCACUCUGUCCUUCUACAGGGUCUCCUCUGACACACUGACCCACCUGUACACAUUCAACACCACAUUCACUGAGCCCCUCUAUCCAGGGUUUAGGGCGUCCUCCCUGUGGCAUCGACCUGCUGUUCUUAACCCCCCUGCCGGGCUGCUGGUGGACUUCUUCUGGUCUGGACAUCAUUGGCUGAGGGCGGCGGUGUUGUUUUUACCGGUCCGGGAGGGCGGUCAGGGCCUGGUGGGCCUUGAGAGCAGGGUGGCAGCCUUUCAUCUUAAAGCGGCACAGAGACGUUUAUAUCACACAGGUGUCAGUUGGAGGGGACCGGCUUGUGCUCUGCUGAGGAGGGCUGGUGGUCUGGGGCUGGAUCAGCUCUUCCUCAUGAGACUGCAGGGGCUGAAGCUGGCCGGGGUCUCGGACUUCUAUGCUGCAGUUCUGAAGGCCUGGAUAUUGCUGAAGUUUGUGCGUGAGGAGGGAGUGACACCUGGACCUUGGGUGUGGAAGGAACCCAUUUUUCAUAACCCACUGAUCCCUUUGGUUUCUGUCCAUUCUGCAACCCUGCCUGGACGGUUGAUGGCAGCAGGUAUCAGGACACCGGCGUAUUUGCAGCAGCCCGGGGGUGGAGGCUGGAAGACCCCGCAUGAGCUGGCGCGGCAGUCUGGAAUUACGUCACACCGGCUGCUGGAGAAGUUCAUGGGUGAGGUACAGGAUGCGCUGCCGGAACCAGUGAGGGGAGUCUUCGAGUGGACACGAGGGGAGGGGCCACCACCAUUUCCACCACCACAGGUGACGGCAGAGACAGGGGACUGGCAGGGGGGUCGGGGGGACAUAUUUUCUUUUGGUUCUCCAGAACUGGGUUAUUUUGCAGAGGUGGGGAGCAAGGUUUUGUACUCCCUCUGUGUGAAGGUCAGGCACAUUAGGGAGUUGGAGGGUGUUAGGAGUCACAAUUGGCAGGGGGUUCUGGGCUCUGAUGGAAUGGCUGGGUAUAGGUGGAGGGAGCUCUAUAAACUCCCAGCUCCCAAACGGUCUGGUGAUCUCCAGUGGGGGGUUUUACAUGGGGCCCUGGCCGCCAACAGCUGGUUGACUCGAGACCUUGGUAUUCGAGGGAGGAGAAGAGCAAAUUAG